AUUCCAGCAUAACAAUAUGACUUUAUAAUCUAAAACAAUAUGCGAGUUUACUUUUAAAAAGCAACUGUCAUUUAAGAUAGUUUAGAUUCGAUAGGAGGUGAAAUAUAAGAUUUUUAAACUGCCAAGGGGAUUCUAGAAUACAGAAACUACAGUUAUAGCAAUCAUUUUCGAUAACUUCUCUUAACCAACUAACUAACUAACUAACAUAAAAUGUGAACAUUUUCAGAAUAGGUAACACGGGGGUCUAUAGUUUGUGAAGUGUCCCAAUUUUAUGUUAGUGGAUCCAAACUCCGGUAGGCUAUCGAAUAUGGCAGCUAUAAUUUUUGUAUUCUAGGAUCAGCUUGGUUCCAUUAAACUCCAUGGUUUCAUAUUCACAUUUGAAUCCGUUGUUAGACCGAAGUUUAAACAGGACUCAUUUUGAGGAAUACGGUAUUCAAAAACUACACAACAACACUGAAACUCGUGCAAAGCAUGAUACGUUUAGCUUAACUAGUAAUUUACGCCCGCAAUUAAUCAAAGACCUUAGAAACAUGCGUCUCCAGCACGAAGAAAUAAACAUACCUACCAAAUUGGAACCUAACCAUGAAACAAAAUUAAAAAAUGAAAACACAAGAAGAAAAACAAAAUCAAGAAAGCGAAGGACAAAAUCAAGAAGAAAAAGCAAAUCAGCCUCCACAAAACAUAAACACACACCUUUCUUAAGCGACUUGGAAGAUUCCAAAGCUCCAAAACAAUCAUGUUUCGCUGUAUAUUCUUCAAAAUCAACAACUGAUUCACAAAAGACAAAAAUAUUCUUGGAGACAAAUAACGGAGAUUAUUUAAAGCCAACCAAAGUUUCGCUUGUGCCUAAAUCUAGUGUUAAGAAACCAUAUGUUCUGCCAUUAAAAGUUAAGGAGAAAUCAAGACUAACUCUUCCACCAACUUCAAAUGCUCUCCUUAAAAAUCCUGUUCUAUCACUCCCAGAUACAUACAAGCAGUCUGACGUGACACGAAUCGUAAACCGUAACAAUGACACCAAUAAUGAACCUUGGUCAUUACCGGGAAACCAAAGUCCUCGGCCAACUCGCUUCCCGUCUGCCCAGUUAGCCAGAGGAAAGGAAACUAUCGUACUUCCACCUUCACCAUUUACAGCGAAGUCAUUUCAGGCAAACAGUAAAAUAAAUAUGGCUGCACAGGUAUACUCUCCACAAAAGCAAACAACUCACUGCACAGCAGGAUUUGCUUCAAGAUUGACGCAUAGCGAAAUGGCAAAGAUUACUAAGAGGGAAAGCAAUUUAAGUGACCGAUUAAAACUGAUUCACUACUAUGGAAACGACUAUCACGUGAUCACCCAGCGUGAAGAACAACUGAAAAGAAAAGCAAACGCAAUUAAACAACAAGAGUGUCGCAGAACUAUGCAUGAAGUUAAUGAGAAGCUAAAGCAUGAACAAAGGAAAAAGAUAUACGCAUUAAACGAACUUAUGGCUGCACUGGAGCAGGAAAACUUCAGAAAAUUUUGUGAAACUUUAGACUCAAGUUGAUGCGGUAUCUUCGGUAAAACUGCACAAACUGUUUCUGCUGCCUACUUCAAAACCGAAUGCCCUACUGCGAACGGAUCGCGCAUUCUAAGAAACUGGAACACGAGGUUUCAUGCAGUCAACCAAACACGCCACACAAUAAAGCUAAUAAUUGCCCCCCGCUGCGAAGUAACGAUUGUACCAAAAAGCUUGCUGUUGCUUUCAAUUAAGCGGCUGGAAUGUUAAUUUUUUUGCCUCUAAAAUAAGCCUUCGACUGAAUGUAAAUACAGCACAACAAGCGUUCUACUUAACCGCGGCAUCUUUGUAUUAACAGUUAACUGAUUUGUUUGUACUGGUUGUUGUUGAAAAAGUAACUACUUGUGUAUACAAGAACGUAAUAUAUAUCUGUUACAUUUUCCGUUUGAGUCAUCAUGUUUGUUGUAUUUCGAUUUGCGUAAUUAUAAACAUCAACAUGAUAUGUACGUAUGUGUGUUGUAUUAAUAAUAACAAACAUAUAAAUAACAUAAUAAACAUGUUUAUCCACCAUACUCUUGUCAUGUAUGGUAUCUGUACAAAAUUCUAAAACAACAGACGGUAAUUUAUUAUCGAAUCUACAGCAUAAAUAUCAUAACGCGGCGCGAUGAAAAACCAAAAAGAUAAAAUAUAUGUAGUAAGACGAUAACAUUUAUAUAAGAGAGUAAUAUACGCAGAUGGUAAAUAGUAAAACGAGUAAACAAAAUAUCUGAUUGAUGUUUGCUUGUAGUUGUAGUAUCAAUGCAUAAUAAAAACACAUGGCUCAUAAUACGUUAUUGGAUUUAAAAGACAAUCUUGUUUAAAAUGUGUAAUAAACAAUGGAUAACCGUGUCUUUGUAUCAACAAAUGAGAAGUAAACUAAUUAAACCGACGUACUUUCGCUUUCUACAGUUCUAUCAUAACUAAAUAACCGUGGCAAUGUUAAAAUCGGUGUAGCUUUUAAUAGACCUUGAUUACGUACGGUGCUGGUU